GUCCCAAUGGAGAAUAAAAAGAAAACUAGAGCCACUCAAGACUAUCUGGAGCAGGGCUCCAGCAAAAAAUCCAGUGAUCUGGAUCGGUAUUUACAAGAAAAAGUUAAAGCCUUGGCACACAAUGAGGAUAGCAAUAUGGCGGUGGCCUCGCAAGACUCUGAAUCACCUCCUCACAGUCCGGCGUUCUCGGAUCA